AGAAGUAGGUUCCUGUUUCCCUGCUGGGUCCUCAGAGCUCGGAGAGCCAGUCCCAGAGCCCAGGACCGGCGGCACUAGGACCUGGGCGUGGCAGGGCGUGGAGGAGGGUCCCGCCUGGGGAGGAGCUGCCCGAGAGCUCCACCUAGGACAGCUAUUCUUCAAGUGGAAGGUAUCUUGAGGAGUAGAGAAUGACCCCUGUACUUCUGACAGCCAGCCACCUCCAGGAGUUGGUGACCUUCAAGGAUGUGGCGGUGGUCUUCACCCCAGAGGAGUGGGGGCACCUGGAGCCUCCUCAGAAGGAGCUGUACCGGGAGGUGAUGCUGGAGAACUUCAGGAACCUGGCCUGCCUGGGGCUCGUGGUUUCCAAACCAUAUGUGAUUGAUCAGCUGGAGCGCGGGGGAGCACCAUGGAAGCCAGGGGGAGAAGGCCAAAGAAGCAGCUGUCCAGAUUGGGAGACUCUGCUUGAAGUUAAGGAGUCAACUCCAAAAUUGGUCAUUUCUAUGGAAAAAUUAUCCCAAGAAAUACUCAAAAAGGAUGAUCCUUUUGUUCCCAAGUUGGGAAGAGCCUGGGAAUAUUAUGCCAGGUUAAAGAGCCAGCAAAGCAAUGAAGGAAAACAUUUUCAGCCAUCAAAAGUCAUGGUAAACAAAUGUCCCAAUAAACUGAGAGUCUCUGAAUAUGAUAAAUAUAACAGAAACUUGAGUCUGAGACCAAUUGUCUUUCCAAAACAGACAGUUGUAGGAAAGAGUUCCCAUAAAUGUUCUACCAAGAGAAAAAACAAACUUUAUAUAGACCAUAGAAAAUAUAAUCAAAUGUGCUUAAAGAAAAUAUAUUCCAAUUAUAAUGAAUGUCAAAAAUCCUUUAGGUAUAAUUUAGCACUUAUUAAAAAUCAUAGAAAAUAUACUAAAGAGAAACAUUAUAAAUGUAAUGAAUGUGGGAAAGCCUUCUACCUUACCUCACAGCUUACUCAACAUAAAACAGUUCAUUCUGGGGAGAAACCAUUUGACUGUAAUAUAUGUGGUAAAGCCUUCCGCCUGAGAACACAGCUAACUCAACAUCUGACAAUUCAUACUGGUGAAAAGCCUUAUGAAUGCAAUGAGUGUGAGAAGGCUUUCAGCCAGAGGUCACAGCUUACUCAACAUGAGAGAAUUCAUACAGGACAGAAACCUUUUGAAUGUAAUGAAUGUGGGAAGGCUUUUCGCCUGAGAACACAGCUUAAUCAACAUCAGAGAAUUCAUACAGGAGAGAAGCCUUAUGAAUGCAGUGAAUGUGGUAAGGCUUUCAGUCACAAAACGGAACUUAAUCGGCAUAAUAGAAUUCAUACAGGAGACAAACCUUAUGAAUGUAAUGAAUGUGGGAUGGCAUUUCGCUUAAGUACACACCGCAUUAGACACAGGAGAAUUCAUACUGGAGAGAAACCAUAUGAAUGUAAAGAAUGUGGGAUGGCAUUCCGUCUGAGAGCACAGCUUACUCAACAUAAUUAUCAACAUAAUAAAAUUCAUACCACAGAGAAUCGUUAUGCAUGCAAUGAGUGUGAGAAGACUUUCCGAUACAGAAUAAGCCUUACUAGACAUAGAAGAAUUCAUACUGGAGAAAAGCCUUAUGAAUGUAAUGACUGUGGUAAGGCCUUUAGCCAGAGGUCACAACUUAAUCUACAUCAGAGAAUUCAUACUGGAGAGAAACCUUAUGAAUGCAAUGACUGUGGUAAGGCCUUUAGCCAGAGGUCACAACUUAAUCUACAUCAAAGAAUUCAUACUGGAGAAAAACCUUAUGUAUGCAGUAACUGUGGGAAGGCCUUUAGCCAGAGGUCACAACUUAAUCUACAUCUGAGAAUUCAUACUGGGGAGAAACCUUAUGUAUGUAGUGACUGUGGGAAGGCUUUUAGCCAGCGGUCACAACUUAAUCUGCAUAAGAGAAUUCAUACUGGGGAGAAACCUUAUAAAUGUAUUGAGUGUGGAAAGGCCUUCUGUCAUAGGUCAGGACUUACUCAACAUCAGACAAUUCAUACUGGAGAGAAACCUUAUAAAUGCAAUGAAUGUGGGAAGGCCUUCCGACAGAGGAUAGGACUCACUCUACAUCAGAGAAUUCAUACUGGUGAAAAACCUUAUGAAUGUAGUGAAUGUGGAAAGGCUUUUAGUCAGAGGAUAGGACUCACUCUACAUCAGAGAAUUCAUACUGGUGAGAAACCUUAUGAAUGCAGUGAAUGUGGAAAGGUCUUCAGCCAGAGAUCACAGCUUACUCAACAUCAGAAAAUUCAUAUUGGAAAGAAAUUUUAUGAAUGUCAUCACUGAGGAAAGACCUUCCUCCUGAGCAAACACCUGACUCAACAUUGGUUAGUUGUGAUGGUUAAAAUAAUCACAAGACAUAAUUUUGGGUAAGCUAUAAUCAAUUUAUCAAUCACCACUGGUAAAGGAUUGACAAAGUGGCUCCUUAACCUCAUGUUGACCUCCUUUGUUGUCCAAAGAAGCUGCCCUGGCUACAUUUUCAGGUUCUUAUCCCUUUUUGAUAAGAGGUGGACCAUUAUACAUCAAUUAAAUCUAAUUGAUUCACAUAAUUAAAGGUGGAUUACAUCAGGUUAAAGGACUGAGACUUUUUUUGAUGUGGGACAAUAUCUCUAAGGUAAUCAAUUAAAAUAAUUUGGACCUCAACCAGACUGAGCCAGCAUACCUCUAUCUGGAUGUGGUCUUGAGAGGAAUGAGUCUGAAUUACAGCAUUUAAUCAAAAAAGGAGGGAAUCCAAAGUUCCUCAUGAUAGUGGUCAUUAGCAAUUAUUUUUCACAUCAUAAUGAGGGGACACAGACAAGCAGGACCAUUUUUGUUGUGACCAUGCUAUGUUUACUCUACUCCUUAAAAAAAGAGAGACCAAAUUAUAACAAAUCCCAUUUCAUGCUGUGUUCUUUACAUAUAUGAACGUUCAUGUUUCUUGCUUAAGUUCAUAAUAAAAAUAACUUUUUUUCCUAAAGAAUCCUUUAAUGAAGAGAGAAACCUUAUGUUGUAUAAUGAAUGUGCAAAACUUACUGAAUAUCAGAUAAUUCGUAUUGGACAGGAGUCUCAUGAAUAUAAUGAACAUGAAAAGGAUUUCACCCAGAGCUACCUCCCUUAUGAAAAAUUCCAGGUAAAGAGAAGUGUUAGAGGUGAAGCAAAUCAAUCCUUGCUGACUUGCUCUUAGUAGUCUCAGAUCUUUCCCUUCUUUUGCCAAGACAACCCCAUCCCACCCACAUCCUUACCUUUUGGACAAGUGACCGUGUCUUCAUUCUUCUGAUUUACCAAGACUAUUGCAGCAUCUGGCAGACCUUCAUUUCCACUCUGCUCUUUAAAAAUUAUGAAAAUCAUCAAACAAUUUCUCCUGGUUCCAGAGUUGGAUGUAUCUUUACUUGUGUAUGUAGUGAAUGUGUGGGUAGGACUUUCAUCCCAGGGCAACACUUGACAUAAAAAAUUAUUCAUACUGAAGAGAAACCUGGUGGCAUUUUUUCCUGAAAGCAUGGCUUACUCAAAAGAAGCUGCAUGGUGCAGUAUGAGAAACAUUGGGUAUGGUGUCAGAAGACAAACUCAAAUCUGCCUGUCGCUUCACACCUUUCUGGUUCUAGGCCAAUCACCCAACCUUCCUAAGCUGUUUCCUUGACUGUAAAAUAAAGACAUUGGACCUUGUCUUUGCAUCGAUGGCUCCAGAGAAGAGAAUCUAUGAUUGUUAUGUCAUGAUGACUUUUGUUUGGCCAUGAAUGUUGGAGUGACGUGUUCAGAUCUAAGAAUUGUUGAUCUCUACUUUGUUCCCAUCACAAAGUAAACUUGUCUUGAUGCCUCAGUGAAGUUCACUCCUUUUUCUGUCCCCUUGAUCCUUUUCCUUUCUUCUACUCUCCACUCUUUUCUAAUAGUUUACAAGAAACAUUUAUUGAAGACUCACCAGGUCCAAGCUUGGUGCUUCAGUGCUGGGGGCAUAACCUAAAAAGUCAUUGGCUUGGCAGGGAGGGGUGUGUGGAGUGGGAAACACAAAAUGCAAAUGGAUUAAUGAAUGCAAGGUUGCUUGGGGAGAUCCCUGAUACCUAGGUGUGUUUGGAAUGGGUUCAUAUUGGAGCUGGGGCUUGAAGUCAUCUUUAAACAUUUUUAAUAAGCAGAUGGAAAGGAAAGAGUGCACACUACUCGUAGAGACAGUCUACAUAAAGGCAUGGAGACUGGAGGUGGAAUGUCAAGUUCAGGCAACAGCUAAUGGGCCAGCUUGGCUGGGAUAGGGUGUGAAAGGGCAUAAAACUUUACAAGGUAAAUUAUUAUCCUGGAGGUGAAAGAAGACAAUGAAGGUUUCUUGAGUAGGAACAGUGAUGUGGCUAGAUUUGUGUUUUGAGAAGCUUAUUGGAAACUAAUUGGAUGACAGAUUGGGUGGAGGAAAUGCUGGAGUGGUACAGGCAGGAUGGAUAUAACAUAGCAGCUGAUUUGGAUGUGGCAUUUGAAGGAGAGACUCAAAGGUGACCAAGGUGCUUAGCCCCCAUGCCUAGAAGGAUGGUGGUAUAUUCCACUGAAAUAGGGAUGCUUGGAGAAGGAGAUUGAGGAAGGAAGAGAAUGGGUUCUGUUUGGGGCUUAUUGAGUCUGAGAUACUGAAAGACUGUCCAUGUAGAAUGUCUGUCAGCUUGGUAGGAAGCAUGAAUCACAUUCAGAAGGGAUUGCAGCUGGCUGCAUGGAUUUCAGCAUUACUUCAUUCGGAUAAAUGAAACUGUGGGAGCUUCUGAGAUGACCAAGGAAGAGCUAGAGAGAACAAUCUAGGACCAAACCUCAGGAUCCCCCCCCCCCCCUCGGUCAGCCUAGGGAAAUGAAGGAGAUAGAAAAGCAGGGGUCACAGAGAGAGGAAGGCUAAAUGAUCAUGAAGCCUACUUCUUGUCCAGGGAGAGCAGAUAAUGAAUUCUACCUCCCUAUUCAAGAGAGAGGGGAAAUGUAGGGAUACAGUGUUGUGUGAUUUGUUAUACCAGGUCACAGUUUUGGUUGGUUUUGUUUGACUUCUGUAUGCAUAAUUAUUGUGAUGUAAAGACAUUUAAUAGACCUUUUGGUAGUUUCUUUGGUUUUUUUAGUAGACCUUUUUUAAGAAAUUCUAUUUAUUUGGGCUGGUGCCUUUACAGUUGGUUUUUUAAACAAUUGGGUUAUGAUAAUUGUGUUAAGGAUUUUUGCUUUAUGUGGUGCCAUGCCUACACAGUUUGAAAUUAACUUUCAAAAAAUCGUAUUGUUUUCUACCCCCCUACUUUGUGACUGUCUCCUUUGUCGCAAAUUUCUUCCUUUGUAAUCUGGGAUCUGCUCAGGAUCUGCUAAGCUUAGGAAGCAAAGAGGUGUCCUAAUAUUUGAUUAAAUACACACUGUGAAUUCAUGGGAGCAGCCAAAAGCAGAACAUGUCUUUCUUUGGGUAGUGAGAGAAUGUGUGUGCUUGAUAAAUGUUAAAUGAAAUCACCAUUACAAUAUAGCCCAAUUGGGAAAUGGCCAGGAAAAAGGGAAAACCAAACAUCUAUUUUAGUCAAAGAAUUCCCAGCACUAGAGCAGUGAUGUUCUCCUUGAGUCAUGCUGUGAGGGAGGAUAGAGAGGAUUCUAAAAGGGGAUAGGGUAGAAUUCAGGCCAUCUGCAUGAGGCUCUCAACCACAUCCAGCAGGAAGAGAAAUGGAAUCUGGACAGGGCAGAACUAUAUGUGUGUGGGCUGAUUGUGGGAUGUGGGCACUUAGGGUGUGCCCUUUUUCAGAGGGUACACAAGGACCUGCUAAAACCACUAGAUAUAUCAAAAUCUAAUGCUGUUAUACAGUGUAACGAUUGGAAUAACGCCACCUGCUGGAGACUUACUGUAGAAGAGUUCCUCCCAUGAAGCGAAGG